AUCCCCUUUGUCUCAUCUCUCCAAACCAAGCUAUCAUUCAAGCUUCAAAGGAAUUGUGUUUUUUUUCUUCUCAUUUUUAUAUGAUAAAUAAAUAGUAUUUUGUAACGCCUAUUUCUUUCUUAUUUUCCAUAUGAAAUGAAAGAGAAGGCCACAGCAGAUUCGUGUCCUAGACUCUAGUGUGUAAGCAAGAAACUCCCCUUUCUCCCUCCCUCUCUCCGACUCUCUCUCUCCAAUAUAUCCAUUUCAAUCAAUUCCAAAGCCAGCAGUUCAUUUGCCGUCGAAGAACCAAAGCUCAAGCAUUAAUUCCUCAUCACUAAAUUAAGAAACCCAUUGAUUUUUAACACUUUCCUGAUAUGAAUUUGAUCACUCGAUAGAAAAACUUUCCUUCAUCAAAACCUACUUCCAUGAAAAUCAUAAACAAUCCUACCCUUUCCUUUAUAUCCAUCUUUGCUCUUUCAGUACUUCUCGCAAACACGUCCCAUGCAUCAACCCCCUCCCCCUGCAACCGGUCGUGCCCAGGCGUCGGGACCGACCCGAUCCAAUACCCAUUCGGAUUCUCACCCGGCUGCGAAAUCCGCCUCAAGUGCACCCCACACACCGGAAUCUUCAUCGGCGAAUUCCCCAUCCAAAUCAUAACCCCAGACAGCAUAAGAGUCACCCUCCAGAGCCGAUGCAAUCGUCCCUUGCACACCCUCAGCCAGCUCUACGGCCCCAGAUACGCCCCAACGUCCAGAAACGCCAUCCUCCUACAGAACUGUACCGACGGGCAACCCUCGAGCAGCUGUGAGAUACCCAACAUUCUGGUCAAGGCCCGGUUCGACGCGCCGCCCAAUUGCAGCUCCAACAGCAGUCUCAGCUGCUACGCGGAGACCGGAAAGGAUGUCCGGUUUUUGGAUUUUGAGAGCGUCAAGCACAGGGAUUGCAAGUUCUUGUUGUCGUCGAUAUCGGCGUCGCCGCCGCAGCUGUUGAAUAGCUCUGCGGCGCCACCGCUGUUUUUGGAGGUUGAGGUGGUGGAGUUGGGGUGGUGGCUUGAAGGAACUUGCGGGUGUCAUAAGAACGCCAAUUGUACCACUGUUGUGUCGCCCAAUGGGACCCAAGGAUUUACGUGCAAGUGUAAUAAUGGGCUUCUUGGAGAUGGAUAUGUGGCUGGCUCCGGUUGCUGGAAAGGCUCACUGGUGUGCAACCCUGCAAAAUACUUGUCUGGGCAAUGUGGAGGAAAGACCAGGUUCAUCGUUUUGAUUGGAGCCGUUUUUGUUGGAGCUUCCUUGAUGAUCAGUCUGGCUCUAAUAUGCUGUUUUAUUCGACGCCAAUCCAAACUGAAAGCAAGACACUGCACAAAACGCCUUCUAUCUGAAGCUACAGGCAACUGCAACAUUCCCUUCUAUCCCUACAAAGAAAUUGAGAAAGCCACAAAUGGCUUCUCAGAGAAACAAAGGCUGGGGACGGGAGCCUACGGAACUGUUUAUGCAGGAAAACUCCAUGAUGAAUGGGUUGCCAUAAAAAGAAUUAAGCAUAGAGGUAAUGACAGCAUUGACCAAGUCAUGAAUGAGAUCAGACUCAUUUCAUCUGUAAGGCACCAAAAUUUAGUCCGCUUGUUGGGUUGUUCCAUAGAACGUGGUGAACAGAUUCUUGUGUAUGAAUUCAUGGCCAAUGGAACAUUAUGUCAACAUCUACAAAGAGAGAGAGGUGACGGACUUUCUUGGCCGAUACGCCUCACCAUCGCCACUCAAACCGCCCAAGCAAUUGCUCACCUGCACUCUGCUGUCAAACCUCCAAUAUAUCAUAGAGAUAUCAAGUCAAGCAACAUUCUUUUAGAUUGCAACUUCAAAGCCAAACUUGCAGAUUUUGGUCUUUCAAGGCUUGGCAUGGCUGAAUCGUCCCACAUUUCAACAGCUCCACAGGGGACGCCAGGUUAUCUUGAUCCUCAGUACCAUCAGAACUUCCAUCUUUCCGAUAAAAGCGACGUCUAUAGCUUUGGUGUAGUUCUUGUUGAGAUUAUAACAGGGUUGAAAGCAGUGGACUUUAAUCGUCCCCAUAAUGAAGUGAACUUGGCUGCUCUAGCCAAUGACAGGAUUGGAAGAGGGUGUUUAAAUGAGAUCAUAGACCCUUUUCUCGAGCCCCAUAUGGAUGCUUGGACCCUUUCUUCGGUUCAUAAAGUAGGUGAAUUGGCAUUCAGAUGUCUAGCAUUUCACAGAGACAUGAGACCUUCAAUGAUGGAAGUAACAGCUGAAUUAGAGCUAAUCAAGCUAAGCAGAUGGCCAUCUUCAUCAGAAGAUAACACGUACACUGCUUCAUCAGAGGGAUCCUCUUGCUGUUCUUCGUCUAGCGUAAGCGAGAAACCUCUGAACAUUAGCAAGUCCCAAUCAGAGCGAAGUGUCAUUUUGCUGCAGAGUGGAGCUGCUGGCAGCUUAAACUCAACAGAAAAGUUGAAGAAGGAUAAUUCACCAGUUUCUGUUCAUCAGGAUUCAUGGUUAAGUGAUCAGAGCUCACCUUCAUCAAACAGCUUGCUAAGUAAUGCAAUUCAGUGACACUGAAGGUGAUUAGAUUUUUUUUCUUCUUAUUGGGUGCCUAGCUUCAUGUCAUUAUGUUAAUACCAUAAAAGUAGUUUUGCAUCACAGCAGGGGAAUUCAAUUUUCCCUUCCUCAUCGUCGUUCAUUAUGUACUGAUAAUAAGCAUAAGCUUGUAGAGGAAAAAAUCUUUGUUUUUCAACUUUUCAUAUAUGUACCUAUUUUUUGUUUUGUAAUUCGUAGUUAAAAUUACACAGACUAGAAAGUUGUAGGCGGCUUGGUGAUGGUGUUGACCAGAGGAAACUCUGAUCAGAUCACACAGUAGUUUUUGAUGCAUUAUUAUAAAGAUCUUUCUCCAGGCUUGUUUGA